GCUCAUGGGUACAGCCAAGGACUGAAAUGGCGGACUUGUCAAAUGAAGAUAAACCUGAUAUAGCAGCACCAGUGCUUGUUCUUCAGAAAGACAGAGCACAGAAGAGGUCAGCAGAUGGAUCUGGUGCAGAGGAUGGAGAAGAUUCUGAUCAAGAUGAUAGCAGUUAUUGUCCUCCUGCUAAGAGAGAAAACUUUUCUAAAUCUUUCACACACUUCCCACCCUCUAACUCUGUUUCUAAGAAUAAUGUUUUCAUGCCAUCCAAUUUCUCUCAGUCCCCAACUGGAAAUUCUGAUUCAGAGCCUGAGGAGAAGGUUGUGGGUUUUCGUCUGAGGCCACCAACGUUAAUACAUGGACAGGCACCAAGUGCUGGAGUCCCAAGCCAGAAACCUAAGGAGCGGCAGCGCAGCGUCCUUCGUCCAGCUGUGCUUCAGGCACCUCCCUCCAGACCUUUCAGUCCAUGCAGUAAUAGUAGCAGUACGAAUGGAGUGAAGAAGCCAUCAGAAGCACAGCCUGAACCAGAGAGGAACUCUGAUGGAAGCACACAUCAUGUGACAAAACACAUUGGAGAUGAAUUCCAAAAAAAUGGAGACAAAACUAAAGAACAAGUCCUGCCCCUGGAGUCAUCAUUUGUAUUUGGACAAAAUUUUAAAGACAGAAUUAAGGUGGAUGAAGGUUCUGAAGCAGGAGAUACCAAAGAAAGUGAUUCCAGACCUGAAGUAUCUCAGUCAGAAGAGACAAAUUAUUUCUUGCAGUACAUCAAUAACUCAAGCACACAGAAAGCUGAUGAUUGCAGCGACACCAGUACAAAGUUUGUUUUUGGGCAGAACAUGUCAGAUCGUGUUUUGAGCCCACUGAAAUGCAGCAAAGUGGCAGCAGAGGGCAGCGUGGGGUCUGAAGCGGAGAGUCUGGCCAGUGAACCCUGCUCAUCACAAGAUGUCAAUUCAGAAAAAGAUGCUAACACAACAGAGUCUUUGGAGGAGUCAGCAGCUGCAUACACAAAAGCUACUGCCAAGAAAUGCUUGCUGGAGAAGGUGGAGGUGAGGACUGGAGAAGAGUCGGAAAGCAAUGUUUUACAGAUCCAGUGCAAGCUGUUUGUUUUUGAGAAGAGCUCACAGUCGUGGGUUGAGAGGGGAUGCGGACUCCUGAGACUUAAUGACAUGUCGUCCACUGACAUUCAUAAUGGAACGCUGCAGUCCAGACUAGUGAUGCGAACUCAAGGAAGUCUACGUCUGAUUCUGAACACAAAACUCUGGGCCCAGAUGCAGGUGGACAAAGCCAGUGAAAAGAGCAUUCGCAUUACUGCCAUGGACACAGAGGACCUGGGAAUUAAAGUCUUCCUUAUAUCAGCGAGCUCUAAGGACUCAGGGCAACUGUUUGCAGCUCUGCAUCACCGCAUUCUGGCCCUGCGGAGUCAUGCUGAGCAGGAGCUGGAGCCUCAGCCGACACUCCCAGAGGGUGAAGCCAGCCGGUCCAGUGAUGAGGACGACUCUCAUGCUGCCCCUAUAACUGCUGCUUCUGCCCCUGUUUCAGGUGUCACAGAGGGAGGGGAGACCAGGUCCGCAGAGAGCACGUAGCAGCAACUACUCAGAGUCUACUCUCAGCAUUGCACACAGCCAUGCAGCCAGCAUUGAUGGAAACAUCCCAGACAUCCAUCACUCUGGCCUGAAGGCUAGUUCCAGUGAGAUUAAUAUGCAGGUGUUUCUCCCUAAACUCACAUUCACAGUCAUGGGGUGGAUAGCACUUUUUCUUUUCUGAGUAAAAAAGCAUUUUCUAGGAAGGGGAGUAAAAUUCUCAAGCUCAUCACAUUGAUGCGUAAUAGAGUGUCUGGGGUUUUGAAUAGGUUUUGUUUCCUUUUCCCCGCCAUAAGAAUACUUAAUUUUAGAUGUUAGUAAAGGUGCUUAAUUUAGUUUUGGACUAGUGUAGUCAUUUUGUAAGAGGGCUGACAUUUAUGAUGAAAUACUAAAAUGUCCCCUGUGCCAGACAAAGCAGAAAGUGGAUGGUCAUUAUAGCUUAAGUAGGUUAUAAGUAUACUGACGUCUCUUUUUUGAUUACUCCACUGUGCACUGUUAAAAUAUUAUAUUUAUUUCAAAUACGCUGAAGUCUAAUUGUAGACUGAGUUUUAAAGUUUCUAUAGUUUACCAGCUUGUGACUAUGAAUUAUGCAAAUUUUCAAAUUUGAAAUGACCAGAAACCAAGUUUAAAUCUGUUAUCCCAAAUUGUCCAAAUUGGAGCUGUUUUAAUUGAAUUUUGCAGCCGCUCUGUAGAGGAUAAAAAUAUAGAAUAAAAAUGAUGAACUAAGUGCAUAUUUUCUAAUUGUUUCUAUUGUAUACAGUCUGUAUAUCCAAUGACUUAUUACACUCUUUUCCCUCUUUUUGAUAAGUGACCAGUUUUACUACAGGAUUUCUACAGAAAACCUUCUUGUUCACAGAUUUUGAUAUUAAUUAUAACAGCUUAUUCUCAAGGAGUAAAUACACAAUCCUGUUCUGAGUGGAGGGGAAUUCAAGGAGAUUUAAGGAGAAAACAAAAUAAAUAACAGAGUGGUCAAAUAUGUUCUGAAUAUACAACAAAUUUCUGACUUAAGUUUUCUGAUAAUUAAAUCUUUUUAUGUGGUAAGGGUCCAUUUACUUGUCCCAAAUAAUUGUCACAAAUCACUGCAGUCAGAUUAUUAUUUUGAUUCUAUGGUUUAUUUUGAUGUUUGCAUUGAAUGCAGUGACAUGAAAUUGAGGACGCACUGAGUUGAAAUAAACUAUACUGAAAAUAAAAGAGUUUGAAUUAAUGUAAAAAAAAUCUACAAAGUAAUGAAAAAAAUACAAAUGAUGAAAUCUGCCACCAACAGGACAAAUAUACAAACAUAAAACUAGACUUGCUAAAGUUAUUACAAGGUGUAGGCUGCAGUAUGUCCCACCGAAUUCUCAGUACCAGAGGGUGGUUAGUCAUCCAAUGAAUAGCAAUGAAUUUCAUUAGUUUUGACUUAUGCUUUGCACUUUGGUGAUGUUAUUUGUGAUUUUUUUUUUUUUUGGCCCUUCAAAAAAAGCAUUGGACUUUGGUAUAUGAAUUAGUUUCUUUUUGUUGUUGUUGUUGUUGUUGUUGUUGUUGUUGUUGGUUUUUUCUUUUUCUUUUUUCUUUUUAUUUUGGCUGAAUUGGGUCAUUGACAUUUCUGUUUUUGUUUUUUUUUAUCUAUACCCAAAGCAAGCACAUAUAUUCAAAGGCAUACUGAUGGGUCUGUUGUAUUAUUGCAUCCACCCCAGCAGACAGCAUUGAAAUCUCUAACGAAAUAACACUGCCAUUUAUUUAAAGGACUCUAGAUGCUGUGAGAAAUGAUGUAGGAUAUGUAAUGUUCCCACCAGUGCUUUGAUGUUUGUGAUCAGGACGUUUAAGAAGAUGCUAAAGUCUAAUAUCCUUCUGUGAAGAGUAGAGCCCCUGUUUUUAACCCAUGUAUGUUCAAACCAAGAGAAUAAGACACCUGAAAUUUAUUGUAUUGUCGUUGUGCACUACCACUCCUGUACUGUCAAAAAUCUUUGAUGUGAAAAUAUGUAUUUUAACAAAAAAAGGAGCAAGAAAAGACACAAAAAAGAUGUAAAAGCGUUGAUUGUAGGAAGUAGCCUUGAAGUUGAAAGAUGACCAACUGUAGUUCAGUAGCAUUUUGUGGUGUGUGCAUUUUUUUUUUUUUUGUUUGUUUGUUUUAAUUUUAUUAUAAUCCCCCCCACAACAUUCUGCCAUGUACUCAUAAACUCAAAAUGCCUCUCACAAGGCACAGAUAUGAAUGUAUAGCUUUUCUGUAUUUAAAGGGCCAAGGUUCUUCAGCACUUUCUCAUCUGUAUAAGUUAUUUUCCCAUCAAUAUGAAUGAGUGUAAAGGAUCGAGGGCUAAACGUUCAGGUACGAAUGUUUGGUCAGUGAGAGCUGGGUGGCGUAUUGGACUGGAUUUGUUUACAGCAGAUUAUCUGUAUUGCUUGGUGGAACACAUUUAGGUUAGUAUUUGCAAAGCGCAAGCUGCUAAAGUACAAUGCCAUUGCCAUCUGUUGAACAUCUUUCACUUCUUUUACUGAAAUAACUCAACUUUUUUCCUUUUUUUUUUUUACUUCUCAUCAUGGCUUUGAAAUGUUCUUUGAAGUAAAAGUUAUCAGUCUGCUGGAUAAUAGACAGGACAAACAUGGUUUCUAGGAAACAUGGAGGCAUUGUAAAAUAGAGUCUACAAUAUGCAAAAUAUUUGUAUUUUUUUAUAAAUUUUUUUGAAGUAAUGCGUAUAUUUGGGAUUAUGGUCAAAGCAAUAGUUGCAUUUGUGAGGCUUAAUUUGGGGUUUUAAUGGUUUGUCUUUAAAUCCCAUUUCAGUCUUUUGGUAGACCAAUUAAAACAUUUGGCACUUUGCAUUUUACAUUUUUAUGAAUUUAUUUCAAAACUCCAACUGCAAAAAGACCAAUUUAUAUUUGUAUGACAGUAAUGCUGUGAUUUUGCUUUUCUAGAGUGAACUUGGGUAUUUGAUUUGACUGAUUUAUCAGACAUUCAGAUUCAUCUCUCACUUUGCAUAUUGCUUGCACAUUUUUGUGCACAAUGUGAAUUUCUCCGGUAGUUUGCUGUCGAAAUGAUGGAGCUUGUCAUUUGAGGGCAGUGUGUGUAGUGUCAGCUCAGAAGUGCAAGAAUUUUGAACCAGGCAUUUGAGCUUGAUACAUUUGUCAAAAGCCACUGUGUCUCAGGCUAUGUGUGAAAUUGAAAUAUCAUUUUUCUUUCUGUUUUAUUUAUUGAUUUUAUUGAUAUCAAAUUUUUUUUUGUUUUUGAUAAACUAUACUGUUUUAACAAUUAGAUUUGUUCUUUGAGCCAUUGGGUUUCUGUUUUUGUUCAUCAGUGGUUGUCUUUGCGAUAUUUUUUUUCCCCAGGAAGGUUACACUUAAUCCACUUUAGUCAAGACAAGGCAGCGUCAACAAUAACGUCUGGUUAAGAUUAAGGUUUCAGGAGAAAAUCUUGCAUCGACUUUUACCUCACUUACUUUCCGCUGUGUAAAUCGUCAGGGUGCAGAAUGAUUCUGGAGAGUAAUUGUGGCCUCCUUAUUUUUAUUGUAACUGUUCAUUUACAGCAUCUUGUCCCAUUAUUUUUUGCUUUUAACUUUAGUGAUAAAGAAAAGGGGGGGGGGUGCUGAAUUGCCUGAAAUGUAGGCUAUUUGAGAUCUAUUAAAAAAUAUAUGAAAUUGUGA